CUGCCUGUGUUGGCUUGGCUGGUUGAUGAAGCAUGCUGUUUUUCCCUCAGAAGCCUUAAUGAAGUAGCCAGCUGCCGCAGAACGCGGAGCCCCAGGUAACAAUGGCUCUCCAGGUGGAGGGGCUGAUAGCCAUCGUCGUGUUCUACCUGCUCAUCCUGCUGGUCGGCAUCUGGGCUGCCUGGAGGACCAAACACAGUGGUAGCUCCGAAGAGCGCAGCGAGGCCAUCAUUGUUGGCGGCCGUGACAUUGGCCUGCUGGUGGGCGGCUUCACCAUGACAGCCACCUGGGUCGGAGGAGGUUACAUCAACGGGACAGCCGAAGCCGUGUACGUGCCAGGCUACGGUCUCGCUUGGGCGCAGGCACCCAUCGGAUACUCUCUUAGUCUGAUUUUAGGUGGUCUGUUCUUUGCGAAGCCCAUGCGCUCCAAGGGCUAUGUGACCAUGCUGGACCCGUUCCAGCAGAUCUACGGCAAGCGCAUGGGGGGGCUCCUGUUCAUUCCCGCGCUCAUGGGGGAGAUGUUCUGGGCCGCGGCCAUCUUCUCCGCCUUAGGUGCCACCAUCAGCGUGGUCAUCCACGCCGACGUGCACUGGUCCGUCAUCGUCUCCGCGCUCAUCGCCACGCUGUACACGCUGGUAGGCGGGCUCUACUCCGUGGCCUACACAGAUGUGGUCCAGCUCUUCUGCAUUUUCGUGGGGCUGUGGGUCAGCGUCCCCUUCGCACUGUCCAACUCCGCGGUCACCGACAUCGGGUUCACGGCCGUGCACACCAAGUACCAGAAGCCUUGGCUGGGGACCGUCGAGCCGUCUGAGGUCUACACGUGGCUUGAUAGCUUUCUGUUGUUGAUGCUGGGCGGGAUCCCGUGGCAAGCCUACUUCCAGAGGGUCCUGUCUUCGUCCUCAGCCACCUACGCCCAGGUGCUGUCCUUCCUGGCAGCCUUCGGGUGCAUGGUCAUGGCCCUGCCCGCCGUCCUCAUCGGAGCCAUCGGCGCGUCCACAAACUGGAACCAGACCAGCUACGGGACCAAGGACCCCAAGGAGAACCAGCAGGCAGACAUGAUCCUGCCGAUCGUCCUGAAGCACCUGUGCCCCGUGUACGUCUCUUACUUCGGCCUUGGGGCCGUCUCCGCCGCGGUCAUGUCCUCAGCCGACUCGUCCAUCCUGUCGGCAAGUUCCAUGUUUGCCCGCAACAUCUACCAGCUGUCGUUCCGACAAAACGCGUCGGACAAGGAGAUCGUGUGGGUCAUGAGGAUCACGGUGUUCGUGUUUGGCGCGUCAGCCACGGCCAUGGCCCUGCUGACGAAGACGGUGUACGGGCUGUGGUACCUGAGCUCCGACCUGGUCUACAUCGUCAUCUUCCCGCAGCUGCUCUGCGUGCUCUUCGUCAAGGGCACCAACACCUACGGGGCGGCCGCCGGCUACGUGUCCGGCCUCUUCCUGAGGGUGACCGGCGGGGAGCCGUACCUGAACCUGCAGCCCUGGAUCUUUUACCCCGGGUAUUACAUGGAUAGAAGCGGUAUUUACAAUCAGAGAUUCCCGUUUAAGACCCUGGCCAUGGUGACCUCCUUCCUAUCCAACAUUUGCUUCUCUUAUCUCGCCAAAUACCUGUUUGAGAGCGGAACCUUGCCACCAAAGUUGGAUGUAUUUGACGCCGUUGUUGCCAGGCACAGUGAAGAAAACAUGGACAAGACAAUUCUGGUCAAAAAUGAAAACAUUAAAUUGGACGAACUUGCACCCGUGAAACCUCGGCAGAGCAUAACUCUCAGCUCGACCUUCACCAACCGAGAGGCCUUCCUUGAGGUCGAUUCCAGUCCGGAAGGCUCUGGCACUGAAGAUAGUCUGUAGUUGCCCAUCCACAUAAAACACCGCUUUCUCAAACAGCACGCUCGCAGGCUAGUCCCGGAGGAUGGUUUGCAGCAUAUAAAACAUACAUUUAAAAGCAAUGCUCACAAGGACAAAGACCCAUAUCCUGGUGCAGACGCUCAAAGGCAAGACAGGCCAGAAGGAGGCCCCUCUGAAGCAGCAGCUCUCUCUCCAGACUUCUCAUCCUCAUUUGAUUUUGACUCUAGUAGUUCUGUUCAGACGUGAAUCAAGCCCCACUCAACGAAGAGAGAGUCAGACAGAUCAUUCACCUUUGUUACGGAACAAGGAAGUCGAAACAAGUGAACCAAGGAGAUGGGUAGUCCUGACCCGACGCUGUGCACUGACGCCCCGUGCGUCUGGUUUGAGCAUCGCACUGAGCUCAUGAGAGUCCGUCCCCAUCACCCCACUGGACGGUGCAGUGAGUUACUCAGCUCACGUUCUCAAGGUGACGAGUGACUCCUUCUUUCACGUCUUAACUUUAACAUUUGCUGAAUAUGCACUUUGUUUUCCUUUGAGUAGCGGUGUGUAUUAUCCUGAGCGCAGGCAAAGCAAACACCAAAAAAUAUCGCAGAGCGGCAUUUCCUGACAUGUGAGGCGAUCGGAGAGGACAGUCCAUCAUGGUAGAGGGUCCCUGGUUCCUUGGAGAGUGUCUGCAGCCACCACAUGCCUUGGGAAAAGCACCCACAGUGAGGAAGGCAGGGGCACUAGGGAACUUCAGAGCAAUAAAUCACGAAGGCCGUUAAGUAGAGAAUGGACCUUCACCUUCAUCUGAAGCUCAUAAAGUUUUGCUUCAAAAUAAAAGAAGUAAUGUUUUGAAUAGCCAUCUAAAUUAGCACAGGAAGUGAAACUGAGCCAGUUGUAAGGUGAGGUAGCUACCCACGGAUGAAGGUUAGUGAGAGACAGACAGACCACACCUGCUGCUAGUAAACUAGAAACACAAAACCACCCCGUUUGGGAUAUUCAUUCAUGCGGAUGAUUUACUGUCAGGAGAGCUACUCGGUGGCACUUUUUUAUGCAUAAGCCAGUCUUCGGUCCUGGACACAUCACCACUCCAAAUGAUAAAGAGUGAAUUUUAAAAUGCAGAAGAAAGCAGAAAGUGAAAACAAGUCCUAAUGGGAAGAAAUCGUCCCUUGUAGCAUUUGACAUCUACAGACUUUCAUGAGGUUAGUCAUUAUAGAUUAUUUUGCUCCUUUUCUGGAGUUACAGAAAUAUAUGUGUAUGCAUAUACAUAAUGGUUUGUAUCCAUUUUAGAAUUUUAAACGCUUUACCACCAGGCAUAUUAUAGGAGUAAUGGGCACUGUGUCUACAAAAGCAGAAUGAACUGACCUGAUGAAAAAUUAUCUGAGUAUCUGAUCCAAAAAAGAAAGGCAGGCUGAAUUAUUCAAACUGAAGCACUUUUUCCCAAAAAAAAGAAAAAUUCUUUUUUUGCCAUUUGUAGACAAACUGAAGUUUAUUCAAUGUUUGAUAUUAAGUCUGUAAGUUGUGUUUGAGAAGCUAGAAUUCCUUUUUUUCAUUUCAAUUGUCUAAAAACAUCAAAUAAUAAUCUCCCUUGUUACUGAACAUAAAUUAAAUGUACAGGGUAACAGUUUAGAUAUGAAAUUAAAUAAUUUUACAUGUUGCAAUGUCCCGCAUUUUUAAUGCGUUAGCCAAACGUGAUAGUGACUAGGACUUUGCAUUCAGAAUCUUUACCAAGCAUCAUCCAUAACCCGAAGGAAAGAGAAUUCUUGUUACUCACCUGUGUGAUCAGAUUCUCCUCUAUGCCCAGUACCUAUGGAGUCCUUGGAAAGGAGCACGUUUCUGGAACCAGUAAGUGUGGGAGUCCCAAGAUUCUCAGGCAUGGAUUGAGAGAAGAACCAGGGGCAGGAAACACAUUUAAAAAAAAAAAACUACCAAGCUGGAAACAUUUGACCCGUAAAGGUAAUUAAUGGAUGGGGCCGGCAGCUCCUGGCAGACAUGCUAUUUCAGACUUACCACGCUUCCCAGAGCACUGCCUGGGUAGUUCUUUUCACCCAUCCCUCACCGUAAGUUUUUGUUUCAACUCCUUGAGGCACAUGCUUCCAAAGAAACUCAUCACCAGUGGUCAGGUAGACUGAAACAGGGCCAAGUGGUCCCCACUGACAAUAUGCUUCACAGUUUUGCUGGGCAACAAUUGUCCAAAUGAUCAUAUUUAAAUCCAAUGAAAAAGAAUAAAUACUAACAGUGAAAAUUUCUUCUAUUUCAUUCAUUUUGUAAUAGUAGAAAGAUAAAGAGGGAAAAGGUUUAUCUUGUUGAAAAUAUUAAAAACUAGAAAACUUACAUAAUUUAAGCUAAUAAAUAAUGUUCUGUUUUUAUUUAACUCAUUAUUUCCUACCUACUCUCAAACUAGAUAUACAAAAAUUCGUUUCAUGUAAAAUACACCAGUGGAUGGCUAGAUAUUGGCAGACAAUUUUUUUCAAAAGGACAAAAAGGUUGAGGAUCUAAAGGAAUGGAACACUGGUCCCAAGGUCUUUGUUCAGGUUCACGCACAAAUUUCCCCCACGUUCCAAGGGAGGAACGAGGCUGUGGAACGUGGUGGACACUCUCCGUGCUCAUCACCGCCUCUGUCUUGGCAUCACAGGUAACAAGCGGCCUUGUAGUUGACAUCCUUCCCCAUUGGACCUAAUUUUCAAAAAGCCUGUCCUCCAUGAAAAGUAAAACAGAAACAUCCCAACAUAGGCUGUGUUAACCUUUGGAAGCAAUACCUGUGGAUGAAGCAUUAGAAUAAAACAGGGAUGUUAUUUUCAGAACAUGUUACAAGUGUAACAUGUUCCUUGUGUCACUUUAAUGUUGUUGUUUUUUGUGUGGUUUUUUUUUUCACAUAUACUUUUCAAAACAUCCAGCUUGCAGCUGGACUGAAAUGUCAGAACAAGCUUUCCAACACUCAGCAUUAAAAUCCAACUUCAUUGCUACACUUACAAGUAGUGAGUUUCGUGUGAGUAUCAAGUGAAUGUAAGCUUGAAAUCAGUGAAUCUGAUGUCAUGGCCAUUAGCUUUCUUUGUUUGGAAAUGGCAAACUAGUGUUGUAUUUUAAGCAUAAAUGUGACUUUUUGUUUUUAGCCUUUAAGAAGAUUUACUCUGGUAUAAUGUAUAAUUUAUCAUAAGUUUGCUACUGAAGAGAAAGAUGCACAUAAUAGUUCUAAACAUAUUUUUGUCUGUCAAAAUAUUAUGUAAAUUGUGCUUAAAAUAAGUAGAUUUGCAACUGUCCAUGUAAAUGUCUUCAAUGUAAUGGUAUUAUAUUAAAUUGUGCUGGUGCAAUUCAGGAUA